CUGUUUUAUACCGGCUUUUACAACCUAAAAUAUGGGAGGGAGCCUGGAUGGGCGCGACAGGCUAGUCCCGCCGCUCUUCGGGACAGGCCGCGGCCUGGAGCCGCGGCUCAACCCCCGCCCGGGGAGUGUCAGCAGCCGAGGGGGUCCCGGGGGCUGCGGAGUGACAGGGGGAGGUGUCGGCCCCGGGACCUUGGCCGCGGCGCCCCGGCAGCCUCGGGAAACAUUUUAUCCCGGGAGGUUCCGUUCGGUCCCGUCACGGCGUUUCCCGGGGGCGAUUGUGGGGCCGGGGGUGGAUGCUAAAACAACCGCCUGGCAGCUGCGGCCUCCCGGGUGGCGAGAGUCGGUGCUUCCGAGCUCAAACGCAAGGCUGUAAACUCUCUUUGAGUCCCAUCGGCAUCUAAAAAAGCACAUCCGGGGAAAAAAAAAAAGGACUUUAAAAUUUUUUUUUGCUUUUAACAAGCGCAUGUGAUGGAUAAGUACUUGUCACCGUCUGUCUCACAUUUGCAAUAACUACAGCAAAACCCAAGAACUUUCUCAGUUUUCUCUGUUAACAAUAAAGAUACACCCAGACCAGAUGGUCCUUUGCAAAACUAUUUAAAUGUUUGGUGCAAAUCGUUAUGUCUUGGUAGAAGCAGAAGUCCCCUUGAGCACCCCAGGGAAUGCGCCAAAGGUUGGUUUGGCUUUACUGUAGACUUUAAUUACAGCUGUAAUCCUAACAAGUGGUGCUAAUUGAGGCCACUAGCCCUAUUCCUGCCAUGGAGAGAAGCUGCUCCGGGCUCAUCUGCAGAUUGCUGCUGACAGCAGAUCCCAAGAUAACUCUGUUUUCUGACAGAAAAAUGAAAUUUGGCCAAAUUUCUACUCCCUCUUCAGGAUCCUGAGAGAUGCCUCGUCCUCCGCUCAUGAUCGUGUGACAGAUAAACCCUCUCGUGCUGCAGUACAGCCAUUGAUUGGUUUGGGUCCCCACAACGCCAAGAAGAAACAAGACCUAGAUAAACUUUAUGACCUAAAAGCUAAAGCCCAACAGAUUAUGAACCAGUUUGGCCCAUCGACCUUGAUCAACCUCUCCAACUUCUCUUCUGGAAAGCCCGAACCCGCCAGCACCCCCCCGCAGAGCUCCAUGGCCAACAGCACCGUUGUGGCAAAGAUGCCAGGGACGCCGAGCGGAGGGGGACGGCUCAGUCCUGAGAGCAACCAGGUUUUAACAAAGAAGAAAUUGCAGGACCUGGUGCGGGAGGUGGAUCCGAAUGAGCAGCUGGAUGAAGAUGUGGAGGAAAUGCUGUUGCAGAUCGCUGACGAUUUCAUCGAGAGCGUGGUGACAGCAGCCUGUCAGCUUGCGCGGCAUCGCAAGUCGAACACCCUGGAAGUGAAAGAUGUCCAGUUGCAUCUCGAGCGUCAGUGGAACAUGUGGAUCCCAGGCUUCGGUUCUGAAGAAAUCCGGCCCUACAAAAAAGCCUGCACUACAGAAGCUCACAAACAGAGAAUGGCACUGAUUCGCAAAACUACCAAGAAAUAGCUCCCGGGAAGAGCCAGGAGAAGAUGCCUCUGUGUUUUGGGAUGUCUGCCUCUCCACGAUGCCAUCCAUGGGAUAUUUUUUUUUUAAUGCUUUACAGAGAAGCAUAUAUUUUUUAUUAAUGGUGCAGCAAUAUCUUAACUUGAUGAUGAGAUCUGCCAAAAAUAUUCUACACACUCUUCCUCAUCCCCCUCUAAGACCACAAUGCAAAACAAAGACUUUUUAUUUGUGACUUGAAAGUGGUUUAUUGUGUAAGUGAUCAUCCAAGGGAGAGAGUGUUUGAUCUUGUGUGGGACAGUAUUAGAAGCAUCUGUAGAGGUUUUUGUUUCCUCCUUCCUGCCCUGACCUGCCCCAGUACUUUGUAAUGUCAGUGUUUAUAUAAAUACCUGCAUUUGUUUUACAUGAAUAAAGAAAUUAUUAAUCUAAAA